AAGAUGGCUGCGUCCACAGUAUUGUGGAGGAGACUUCGGGGUCCGGGUUUGGUAGGGCUUCUUGCUCGUCUAUGUGACCGGAACCGUGACCGAGGGGGAAGAAAAAAAUUCAAUAGAAACAAACUCGUCGCAGAAAGUGAAAAAAAGUUCUGCCUCUGGGAAGGACACUACGCAAAUGUGGGGAAUAAAAUAAAUAAAAGGACUCCUCUCUUUCUUCUGGCACCACUUUUGGCCCCUACAGUUCCCCAGGCCACUUCUCAGCCCCUACCUCCUGAUUGUGUGUGCCCACGAGGAGCUCAUCGGUUUCAGUGGAUUGGUAACCUGGUUCCAGAAUUUGGUAUAGCCAGUUCAGGAGUGAAGGUCCUUUCCACACCAUCUGAAUUUUACCAGGUCAUGAAGACACAAGUGCAAAUGGCUAAGAAACGCAUCAUAAUGGCAUCACUCUACCUUGGAACUGGUAAUCUGGAACAGGAUCUGGUGGAUUCCAUAGAGAAAAGACUUUGCUCUACAGACUCUUCAGGCCUAAAAGUUUCAAUCCUGCUGGACUUCACUAGAGGAUCUCGAGGCAGAAAAAAUUCACGAACUAUGCUGCUACCUCUGCUGUGCAAAUUUCCAGACCAAGUGGAAGUCUCCCUCUUCCAUACACCUAACCUGCGAGGCCUUCUGCGCCUCCUAACACCGGAGAGAUUUAAUGAGACUAUUGGUCUCCAGCACAUGAAGGUGUAUCUGUUUGAUGACAACGUGCUCUUGAGUGGAGCAAACUUGAGUGAUUCAUAUUUCACCAACCGGCAGGACCGUUAUGUGCUUCUCCAGAACUGUCCUGAAUUAGCAAAUUUCUUCAGUGAACUAGUGGAAGCUGUUGGAGAUGUUUCUUUGCAGCUGCAACAGGAUAACACAGUCCAGCAAAAAAAUGGCAUGGAACACCCAUACCUAGGUAACAAAGCUGUUUAUUGUGAUGCAGCCAGAAAGAGAAUUAUGGGUGUGAUAGACUCCGCCAGACGCAAACAAUAUGAACAACAUAAUGCCGAUUUCCAGAAUAGAACACCUACUGAGUAUGCUAUGACUCCAGAUACCUGGGUGUAUCCAUUGGUACAGAUGAAUCCUUUUGGAAUCCAAAUAGAUGAGUUAGUCACAGAAACUCUGUUAACAGAUGCUGAGAGGGGAGAUCAAAUGUAUUUGACGACUGGCUACUUCAACCUUACCCAGGGCUAUAUGGACCUUCUGCUGGGUACACGGGCUAGUUACAACAUCCUUCUGGCCUCACCUGAAGUAAAUGGCUUCUUUGGAGCCAGAGGAGUUGCGGGUGCAAUACCUUCUGCUUAUGUCCACAUAGAACGUCAGUUUUACCAUGAGGUACAAAGGCAACAUCAGCAACACAGGGUCAAGCUUCAAGAGUAUAACAGAAACCAGUGGACUUUCCAUGCUAAAGGUUUGUGGCUAUACCCUGCAGGUGCUCAUUUUCCCUGCCUUACACUAAUUGGCUCUCCAAAUUUUGGGUACCGAUCAGUACACAGGGACCUGGAGGCCCAAAUUGCUAUUGUGACAGAAAAUAAGGAGUUACAGCAGCUGCUGCAUCAGGAGCAGCAGCGACUCUACGAUCGGUCUAGUGAUGUUACUGCUGAUACGUUUCUGCAUCCUAGUCGCUAUGUGAAACUCUGGGUGAGGCUGGUGACGCCGCUGAUCAAGAAUUUCUUCUGAAGACCUAAAGUUUAUGGUUAAACACGCACAUGUACGUAAGCCAUGGAUUCAUGUUUUAUAUAAUGGACACUCAAACUGUUCCUUUUGUCUUGGCAACCAACUGAAAUGGCCUUGGUGAAUAUAACUGACGUUGGAGGUGUUAACUGUUUCAGACAAGCUUCUGUGUGUUGAUCCAUGGCAGCAUGUUCCAACAAGAUUGCUGCACACACAUUAAGGUGCUUGCUAGAUUUGUCCACUACUUUCCUCCAUACAGAAAUUAAGUUAUUUUAAUUUCAAACUAUGUAAGUUUGUAUAGUAAGCUAAAAUAAAGUAAAAAUCCAAGACAA